AUGAAUUUGUCCAAACGUCUAACACCCACCCUAAAUCCAACCUUAACUCUCCCAAUAUUGGAGACUUGUUUGCUCCGAUGCCGAAACCUCAAGCAAUUCAGUCAAAUCCUUUCUCAAAUGAUCCUCACUGGGUUCCUCCGAGACACGUUUGCAGCAAGCAGACUCCUCAAGUUCUCCACCGAUUCACCCUUCAUUUACAUCAACCGCUCCCAUCAAAUCUUCACUUGCAUUGAGAAUCCAAAUGGGUUCAUUUAUAACACCAUGAUGAGAGCUUAUGUUCAAAGAAACGCUACACAUAAUUCUCUCGGUAUAUAUAAAUUGAUGUUGCAAGAGACUGUUGAACCUGAUAAUUACACUUACCCUAUUUUAGUUCAGUCUUGCUCUCUUAGACUAGCGGAGUUUGAAGGGAAACUGAUUCACUGUCAUGUUCUGAAAAUGGGUUUUGAUUCAGAUGUUUAUGUACAGAACACGUUGAUAAACAUGUAUGCUGUUUGUGGGAACUUGAGCGACGCGCGUAAAGUGUUUGACCAAAGUCCUGUUGUGGACAUAGUUUCUUGGAAUUCAAUCUUGGCUGGUUAUGUUUCGAUAGGGGAUGUGGAGGAGGCUAAGUAUAUAUACGAUAGGAUGCCGGAAAGGAACAUCAUUGCUUCAAAUUCGAUGAUUGUGUUGUAUGGUAAAAAAGGUAAUGUUGCUGAUGCGUAUAGGUUAUUCAGUGAAAUGCAUAAAAAAGAUAUGGUAUCGUGGAGCGCUUUGAUUUCUUGCUAUGAGCAAAAUCAAAUGCAUGAGCAGGCUUUAAUUAUGUUUCAGCAAAUGAAAGCUGAUGGAAUUACGUUGGAUGAGGUUGUGGUAAUCAGUGUUCUUUCAGCAUGUGCUCACUUGUUGGUAGUGAGGACAGGGAAAUUGAUUCACAGUUUGGCUGUCAAAAUUGGAAUUGAAUCUUAUGUUAACCUUCAUAAUGCUUUGAUUCACAUGUAUGCAAGUUGUGGGGAAGUAGAGGCUGCCCAAAAGUUGUUUAACGGGGGUUGCUGCUUGGACCUGGUUUCUUGGAAUUCUAUGAUCUCUGGGUACUUGAAAUGUAGUGAGGUCGAAAAGGCCAAGGCUUUAUUUGAUUCAAUGCCAGAGAAGGAUAUUGUGUCAUGGAGUGCUAUGAUAUCAGGUUAUGCUCAACAUGACAGAUUUGCUGAUACUUUGGCGUUGUUUCAGGAAAUGCAGCUUGAUGGAAUUAAGCCUGAUGAGACGACUUUGGUUAGUGUAAUAUCUGCUUGCACCCACUUGGCUGCACUUGACCAAGGAAAAUGGAUCCAUGCUUAUGUAAGGAAGAAUGGCCUGAAGAUUAAUGUCAUUCUGGGUACUACCCUUAUAGAUAUGUACAUGAAAUUUGGGUGUGUUGAAAAUGCUUUGGAAGUUUUCCAUGGGAUGCAGGAAAAAGGGGUUUCUACUUGGAAUGCUCUCAUUCUUGGUCUCGCAAUGAAUGGUUCAGUUGACAAGUCACUCGAUGCAUUUUCAGAGAUGAAGGAAUGUGGCGUGCUGCCUAAUGAGAUAUCCUUUAUGGCAGUUCUUGGAGCUUGUAGACACAUGGGUUUAGUAGAUGAGGGGCGCCAACAUUUUAGUUCCAUGAUUCAGGAGCACAAGAUAGAACCCAACGUUAAGCAUUAUGGAUGCAUGGUUGAUCUUCUAGGACGGGCAGGUCUGCUAAAAGAAGCGGAGGAACUAAUUGAGAAUAUGCCUAUGGCACCAGAUGUUUCCACUUGGGGAGCAUUGCUUGGGGCUUGUAAGAAAUAUGGAGAUAAUGAAAUGGGAGAGAGGGUUGGAAGGAAGCUUAUUGAACUUCAGCCUGCCCAUGAAGGGUUCCAUGUACUACUAUCUAAUAUAUAUGCUUCAAAAGGUAAUUGGGAUGGUGUUCUUGAGGUUAGGGGGAUGAUGGUACAACAUGGGGUGGUGAAGACCCCAGGAUGUAGCACAAUCGAAGCAAAUGGAACAGUUCAUGAGUUCCUCGCAGGAGAUAAGACACACCCUCAAAUUAAAGAUAUUGAGAAUAUGCUGGAUGAAAUGGCUAAGAAAUUAAAGAUGGAAGGUUAUGCUCCAGAUACAAAUGUGGUUUCUCUUGACAUUGAUGAGGAGGAGAAGGAAACUUCUCUGUUCAGACAUAGCGAGAAACUUGCUAUUGCCUUUGGGCUUAUCACCAUUAACUCACCAACACCAAUAAGGAUAAUGAAGAAUUUGCGAAUAUGUAAUGAUUGUCAUACAGCAGCAAAGCUAAUUUCUAGAGCUUUUAAUCGUGAAAUUGUGGUGAGGGAUCGCCAUCGUUUUCAUCAUUUCAAGCAGGGUUCAUGUUCAUGCCUGGAUUAUUGGUAGGAAAGUAGUAGAAUGGGUAAAUUGCAUACAAAUCUACAUUCCUCAUUGAGAGCUGUCUAUUCCUACCAAUUGUAGAAAUGCAUAUGUUUCACAGCAUGCUGUGUAGCUCUGUAGCCUACAAAAGCAAGCCUUGUAGCAGGAAGAAACCAAUUGUUGAGUGAUAAUUUAUAUUGUCUUAAAAGGCAGUUUUUAUGAUUGUUUAAAGAAAAAGGCAAUUAUGAGGAUAAGACCUAAUCAAUGGCGGGAUUCUGUGAUGGAUAUUACACUACAGAUAGCAGUGAAUUGGUUGAUGAACUGCAAUGGCAUCAUUCUCUGACUGAUUCAUUUUUAUGCUUUUACAAGUCUGAAAUUGCAUCAGAAAAUUCAAGCAGGGAUUUCUAUGAAACUUGAGAGGAUUGAGCAUGAGUUUCUGGAGAAAACUCUUUUCUUAGGGAACCUGAAUAUGGUAUUGCAAAAAAUUGCUGCAAAAUGGAGGCCUUGACAGGAUAACUUCUAGUCAAGAAAUAUGGAUUGAAUAGCAUGGAAAAUAAAAUUCAUUGGUGGUCUUCUCAUCUUCUUAUGAAAUGGCAUUCAGAGGAAAGUUCUUCCCCUAAAAUAGUGUUCUUUCCGUAUUCUGCAAUUGCAGUGAGGGGAGUUUAGCUCCAUUCCUAUGAUUAAAAAAUUUUAUAUGGAAACUUGCCUUGUUGCAUAUUAACUUCAGAAUGCAAUGGAUAGGCUUCAUCUUUUUAUUUGGACUGAAUUUAUGGUAUGUCUCGGGGUUUCUCAUUGCCUGCUGCCUAGUUCAUGCCUUCUCACUUUCCAUUGGGAAAAGUCAACUCAGGUGAAAAGGGAGUAUACUGCAGCAUUAGUUCUAUGCGAGUACAUAAUGUUCAUUUUUGCAGUCUUAUGUUGGCAGUACGCAGGAACUGAGUUAUAUGAUUUUUUAAAGGACUAAAGUGUACGAGAAUUAUAAAGUCAAAAAAUCAUUUAAUACGUUUUCUUAAAAAGUAAGAAUUCAAGUGUAAUUUUUAUCAAAUAUCAAGAGGCCCUUUGUUAUGUA